CAAAGCCGGCUUUCACAGGGCAAUCCACCCAAACGGUGUCUGUCUCAACGGUCGUUGAAUCUAGAGUUCAGCCCAUCCCGCGAUCGACCACCCUUCACCGAGGCCUCACCGAAAACCCAAAGUCUCAUCCAGAACCGCAACGAUGCCUGACUGGAAGGCCAUGUUCGCCCCGGCGCCGUCCCUGGACGUGCCCGGCCUCGAGACCGUCGACCUCGCCGACAAGGAGAUGGAGCGCCGCAUCGUCCGCAAGCAGGAUCUCAGAAUCCUUCCCUGGAUCUGCAUCACCUACCUCCUGAACUACCUCGACAGAGUCAAUCUCGGCAACGCCCGCACCCUCAACAACGACAAGCCCGAAGACAACAUCGUCACCAUGCUCGACCUCACCGGCCAGCGCUACAACGUCGCCGUCGCCCUCUUCUUCGUCCCCUACGUACUCAUGGAGUUCCCUUCCAACAUCAUGCUCAAGUACUUCUCCCCCUCCAAGUGGAUCUCUCGCAUCAUGGUCUCCUGGGGCAUCGUCACAAUCUGCACCGCCGCCUGCACAACCUACGGCGGCCUCCUCGCCGUCCGCAUCAUGCUCGGCCUCGCCGAGGCCGGCUUCUUCCCGGGUAUCAUGAUGUACCUCUGCUUCUGGUACAAGCCCGAAGAGCGCGCCACCCGCAUGGCCAUCUUCGCCUCCUCCGUCGCCGUCGCCGGCGCCUUUGGCGGUCUCCUCGCCACGGGCAUCUCCUUCCUCAACCGCAAGGGCGGCCUCACGGGAUGGCAGUGGCUCUUCAUCCUCGAGGGCAUCCCCGCCGUCAUCGUCGGCGUCAUGGUCUGGUUCAUGCUCCCCGACUACCCCCAGACCGCCGCCUGGCUUACCCCCGAGGAGCGCGCCUUCGCCGUCAAGCGCCUCGGCCCCUUUGCGCCCUCCAUGUCCGACAAGCACUGGGACAGCAAGGUCGCCAAGAAGACCAUCAUCGACCCCUACUUCUGGCUCUUCGCCGUCAUGUACUUCCUCAUGACCAACUCCCUCAACGCUUUCGGCUACUUCGCGCCCACCAUCGUCUCCUCGCUCGGCUUCAAGGGAUACAACGCCCAGCUGCUCACCGUCCCGCCCAACGUCUUUGCCAUGUUCAUCAUCAUUGGCAACUGUCUGCACAGUGACAAGACCAAGGAGCGCUCUCGCCACGUCAUCGGUGCCCUGAUCUUCGUCGCGACGGGAUACCUCCUCCUGGCCAUCGUCAAGCACUGGGGUGUGCGCUACCUUGCCGUAUGCAUCAUCGCCUGCACCAACGCCGCCGUCCUCCCCUUCGUUGCUCACCGUACCGCAACCGUCCAGGGUUCCACCGCCACCGCGCUCGCAACUGGCGGCAUGAUCGCCAUCGCCAACACGGGCGGCAUCUCCGCCCCCUUCCUCUUCCCGAGCACCGACUCCCCCAUGUACAGCAUGGGCAACUGGACCAUCUUCGCCUUCCUCGCCACUACCGCCAUCCUCACCGGCUACGUCUGGUACGUCUUUGGCAGCCACUCGGGCUACAGGACCGGCACCAAGGACGCCGCUGGCAACCUCGAGGUCCUGGACGCCGGCGCCGGCGACCCCGAUGAGCUCAUGAACAAGAAGAUGGGCAUCGUGAGCGACCAGGACAAGAAGGAUGAGGAGGCAUAAGAGACAAAAUGACCCCCCUCCCUGUUGUUUGCCUGAAGAGAAGAGAAUUGGAGUGCUUUGGAAAAGGGAUAGACUUUGGCGCGCGCGUUGGUUGUAUGGAUAUAGAAACUGUUGAUACCCCCGCUAGACAGCGGUCGCCUCACAAAGGCACAAUGAAAG